AUGUUAUUAAGGGUCUACAAGUUAAAUGGAAGCUUUGUCGAAGUUCCGAAAGGAUCAGCAGAGCCACUGAUGAACCGAGUUGCUAAGGUACUAGGGUUGAAAGAUUCAAGUCAGAAAUACUUUACGCUGGCGAAAGGAAACUCACUGGAACGACCUCUGUCCAUUCUGACUGGGCGCGAAGAACAUUCUAUCGAAGAAUCAGACGUCGUCUGUGUGAGGAAAUGGUGUUUUGACGUUGCAGAUGAAAGCAAGUUGAUAUCAACCGACGACGUUGCACUGAAUUUGAUUUUCCAAGAGGCUUUUUAUGGUGUGAAUAGUGGCCGUUUACAACCAAAUGAUGAGCAGCGAGCAGAACUGGAUUCGUAUUGUGACCCGUCCUUCCCAGUGGAAAAGCAAUACGUUUUAUUGUGUCACCGAUUGUCAGAAUACAACAGAAUUGAUGUGCAUGAUUGUCAAGUUGUGGAACAAACAAAAGUCAACGGUCACAACUUGACAUCAGGCACUCAACUUAGUAUCAAUCUGACGACAGUAGGAAUUCGGUUGGUCGACGCUAAAAAUGGGAAAUCGAUUGAUUAUUCUCCAUGGCAAAAAAUACGAGGCUGGAGAUUUAGUCAAUCUGAAAAAAUCUUUUCAUAUGAGAUUGCUCUAGUCAACCCUCAAAUGGAGUAUACAUUUGUGUGGAUUGUCAUUAGGACGGAACAACUCUCUUAUAUCUUGUCAGUUAUUGAUGAGAUCGUCGUGAGAGUGAAGACAAAGUUGGAUGGACCGAAGAGUUUCCUACCACGACCUUUCACUGGACAGGAGAAGAGUGGACUGAGAAGCUUUGUAAACGAUUUGUUUUCCAUUGGUAAAUCAGACAAUUUCUCUACUAUUUAG